AUGCAGAUGCUCACAAAGUUUGAGAGCAAGAGCCCGAGGGUCAAGGGCAUCGCGUUCCACCCCAAGACGCCCCUCCUCGCUGCCUCGCUCCACAAUGGUACCAUCCAGCUGUGGAACUACCAGAUGGGCACGCUCGUGGACAGGUAUGACGAGCACGAUGGCCCCGUUCGCGGCAUCUGCUUCCACCCCACGCAGCCCAUCUUCUGUUCGGGUGGUGACGACUACAAGAUCAAGGUGUGGAACUACAAGCAGCGCAAGUGCCUGUUCACCCUCACUGGUCACCUCGACUAUGUGCGCACCGUCUUCUUCCACCACGAGUACCCCUGGAUCAUUUCGGCGUCCGACGACCAGACCAUCCGUAUCUGGAACUGGCAGUCGCGUACAUGUAUCGCCAUCUUGACGGGCCACAACCACUACAUUAUGUGCGCCCAGUUCCACCCUUGGGACGACCUGGUCGUGUCGGCGUCCAUGGACCUGACGGUUCGCGUGUGGGACAUUUCCGGUCUCCGCAAGAAGAACCAGGCCCACCAGGCGCCCAUGUCCUUUGAGGAGCAAGUGGUGCGCGCCAACCAAGGCCAGGCCGACCUGUUCGGCAACACGGACGCUGUCGUCAAGUAUGUCCUCGAGGGCCACGACCGCGGUGUCAACUGGGCCUCGUUCCACCCUACCCUUCCUCUGAUCGUCUCGUGUGGUGACGACCGCCAGAUCAAGCUCUGGCGCAUGUCCGAGACCAAGGCCUGGGAGGUCGACUCGUGCCGCGGCCACUUCAACAACGUGUCCAUGACCAUGUUCCACCCCCGCCACGAGCUCAUUCUCUCGGCCUCGGAGGACAAGACCAUCCGCGUCUGGGACAUGACCAAGCGUACCGCUGUCCAGACGUUCCGCCGCGAGCACGACCGCUUCUGGGUUCUCACUGCCCACCCCGAGCUCAACCUCUUCGCUGCCGGUCACGACAACGGUCUCAUCGUCUUCAAGCUGGAGCGUGAGCGUCCCGCCUUUUCGCUUUCGGGCAACCAGCUGUUCUACAUCAAGGACAAGGUCAUCCGCAUGGCCGACCUCACGACUGGCACCAGCCAGGGUAUCUGCUCGGUCCGCCGCCUCGGCUCGCAGUACAUCCAGCCCCGCACUCUUUCCUACAACCCCGCCGAGCGCGCUGUUGUUGUCACCUCGACUUCCGAGGGCGGUGUCUACGAGCUCAUUACUCUGCCCAAGAACGCCGGCCCCGUUGCUGGUGACGGCAAGGACACUCCCUCGGACGGCAAGAAGGGCACUGGUCUCUGCGCGCUCUUUGUCGCCCGUAACCGCCUGGCCGUCCUCGACAAGACUGCGCAGAACAUUGAGAUCCGCGACCUGUCCAACUCGUUGACCAAGACCGUCAAGUGUCCCGUCACUGUCCAGGAGAUCUUCUACGGUGGUACCGCCUCGCUCCUGCUUGCCACUGCCACCUCGGUCAUCCUCUUUGACAUUCAGCAGCAAAAGGUGCUGAACGAGAUCACCACCCCUCCCGUCAAGUACGUUGUCUGGAGCAACGACGGCAACAUGGUCGCGCUCCUCAGCAAGCACACCAUUACCAUUGCCAACAAGGCCCUCGAGCAGACCGCUCUCAUCCACGAGACGAUCCGCAUCAAGUCGGCUGCCUGGGACGACAGCGGCAUCCUCGUCUACACCACCCUGAACCACAUCAAGUAUGCCCUCCCCCAGGGUGACAACGGUAUCAUCAAGACCCUCGAUCAGCCCGUCUACCUCACUCGCGUCAAGGGCCAGGUUGUCCACUGCCUCGACCGCACGGCCAAGCCUCGCACCAUCCCAAUUGACCCCACCGAGUACCGCUUCAAGCUUGCGCUUGUUCGCAAGAACUUUGACGAGGUCCUCCAGAUCAUCCGCACAUCCAACCUUGUCGGCCAGAGCAUCAUCGCCUACCUCCAGAAGAAGGGCUACCCCGAGAUUGCUCUCCACUUUAUCCAGGACCCGCAGACCCGCUUCGACCUGGCCAUCGAGUGCGGCAACCUCACCGUUGCCCUCGACAUGGCUCGUUCCGUCGAGCGUCCCGAGGUCUGGGAGCGUCUUGGCCACGCCGCUCUCAAGCAGGGCAACCACCAGAUUGUCGAGACCUGCUUCCAGAAGACGCGCAGCUUUGACAAGCUCUCGUUCCUCUACCUGGUCACCGGCAACACUCAGCGUCUCGCCAUGAUGCAGACCAUUGCCACCAAGCGUGGCGACCAGAUGUCGCGCUUCCAGAACUCGCUCUACCUCGGCGACGUUGCCGGCCGUGUGGCCGUCCUCCGCGAGACUGGCCAGUACCCCCUGGCCUACUACACUGCCAAGACCAACGGCCUCGACGACCUUGCCCUCGAUGUUCUCGAGGAGGCCGGUAUGACCGAGGACGACCUGCCCCCUCCCCCGCAGAACGCUGGUCACUCGUCGCUUGCCCCUCCCCCCAUUGUCUUUUCGCAGGCCGAGUCGAGCUGGCCGAUCAAGAACCUCGGCGAGAGCUUCUUCGAUCGUGCCCUCGCCAACGGCGGUGGCGUCGAGGGCCUUGUUGGUGGUUCGGGCGCCGAGGAGGCCGCCAACGGCGACCAGCUGGACGCUUGGGCCAACGACGAUGGUGCGGCUGCCGACGAGGACGGUGACGACGUUGACGAGGACGAGGGCUGGGACCUUGACGCCGAGGUCAUCGAGGUGCCCGAGGAGGCUGCUGUGGAGGAGGACCUGAUUGGCGAGGCCGACUUGUCAGAGGGUGUUUCGCCAGGCGUCGACGAGAACGAGAUGUGGGUUCGCAACUCGCCAUUGGCAGCAGACCAUGCUGCCGCGGGCGCGUUCGAGUCGGCCAUGCAGCUCCUCAACAGGCAAGUGGCUGCUGUCAACUUUGCCCCCCUCAAACCCCUCUUCCUUACCGCCUACCGCUCCGCCCACGUUCACGUUCCCGCCAACGCGUCGCUGCCGCCACUCGAGUUCCACGUCCGGAGGAACCCCGAGACGACCGAGCUGCGCGAGGUUCUCCCUGCCGUCUCGCUCGAGUACGAGGACCUCAAGGCCGGAGAGCUCGCCGAGGCAUACAGCUUCUUCUCGCGCGGCAAGUUUGCCGAGUCGCUCGCUGCGUUCCGCUUGAUCCUGCAAAAGCUCCUCCUUGUUGUCGUCAAGCCCGACCAGGCCGACGAGGUCAAGGACCUGGUUGUUUCGGCUCGCGAGUACAUUAUCGGUCUCACCCUCGAGACUGAGAGGAGAAAGCUCGUGACCGAGGACCCCGAGAACCACAUCCGCAACCUCGAGCUCGCCGCGUACUUUACCCACCUCAACCUCCAGCCUGCCCACCAGCAGCUCGCGCUGCGCUCGGCCAUGGGUGUCUUCUCCAAGGCCGGCAACCACGCCACCGCCGCCGUCUUUGCCCGUCGUCUUAUCGACAUGAAGCCAAGUGACACCAAGGUCGUCACCAGGGCCCGCGCCGUCCUUGCCCAGGGUGACCGUAACCCCCGCGACGCGUUUGAGAUUGCCUACGACCACUUCACGACCUUUGACGUGUGCCCGGCCUCGCUCACGCCCAUCUACCAGGGCUCGCCCGCCGUCGUCGCCGCGUACACUGGCGCGCGCUACCUGCCCGAGUACAAGAACACUGUCUGUGUCGUCGACAGCAUCACGCAGGUCGGCCUCCCUGCCAGCGGUCUCCGCCCGUCGGUGUAG